CACAACAGUUGCGUGUUUGUUUCGGUACAACUUCUGAACUUCUGAAAAGUGAAAGCUUUAGUUUGCUAAAUCAUUUAUCUUAGUUCUACGAAUAAAAAUGCGGCUAUCAAAAGCAAUUUUUGCAUCGUAUUCCAGUGUAGUCUUACUAAUAUUGGAGAUUGUGGAUUGCAUACAGUCGUCAGAAGCUGCAAAUGGUCUCAAUUUCUACGGAUAUCCUCAAAGCAAUUUUUAUGCAAAUAGUUGGGACUGGCAAAGCAACUAUUGGCCGCAGUCAGCUGCCCGUCGUUAUUAUGAUGUACCGUUUAAAACCGGGAUAGGUCAACAGUUCAAUGGGCUUCCGGGCACCAAAUCCGCUGGUUGGGAUUAUGGUUGGAAAUAUAAUGCACAAAAAUCGGUUCCAGUUGGAUACGGGUAUGGGGAUGCAGGAUAUCAAUAUUAUCCCGUUUAUUCACGUCAAUCAGCAUGGAUGGAUUAUCCGGCAGAUUAUCGCUAUGAUAAUUUUUUCUACCCUUCUGGGAGCCGAUUUCCACACAAUGGCUUCCCAGACAGCAGCAGAAGAAGGAAUUACAUGCAAAAUGGUUAUUGGAAUUACUGGAACAGGGCGGACAAUGAUGGUGCAUGGAAAAAUAAACAGCCGGUUACUACUACCACUACUACUACUACAACGAUACGUCCUACUACUACUCGGAAAAGUCGACUGUUUGUACCGAAUGUGUGGGGAUAAGUCAUGUCAAUAAAUAA